UGCCCUAGAGACGGUUGUGUGCCGUUGCCAUAGAGACGGCUGAGGGCGCGAGACAUGGCGGCGUUCGUUCUGGCGGGACGUGCCGACUGCCCGUAUUACGCUAAAGCAGAGCUCCUCACCGACUACUUGCAACUCAAUUUGCCCAGCUUCAGAGUCCACAAGAUUCCCGUGCUCCCAGAGGAGUGGGAGGCCUGGUUGAGCGCCACAUGUCGGCAGCAUGGCUGGCGCCACACUACAUCCCCGCUGGUGUGGCGAGAACUGGUGGAGCGGGGCGGCCGGGGGGCCCUGCUGGGUGGAUACAACGACUUCAUGGAGUAUGUGCAGGGCUACUACGGCAUGGUGUCACCCAUGCUUUCAGAGCUGAUGCUCACCCUCGCGCAAGAGAAUCUGCACACGCAGGUGAAGCUUACAGAUGAGCAGGCACAGCACAGAGAGCUCAACAGGCCCUUCCACGUCUGCAUCACUGGGGCAAACAGCGCGUGCGUGCCUGGGCUGCUGUGGCUGCUGGGUACCGGCGAGUUGUGCGGGGGGUCAACAGGUCUGUCCGUGUGCCUGCUGGGCAAAGUUGGCGAGCAGGAGGCCCUGCGGUGCGUCCGGCAGGACACCCUUGACAUGGCCUGUGCCACGCUGCGUGAUGUCACCAUCCACUCCGACCCCGAGAUAGCUUUCGACGGCGCUGGGCUGGUGAUUGUCCUCGACAACGUUGCCCCCGGUUCAGGGCAGGAGUGGUCGGAUGCUGGCGCGCUUCUUUGUGCCGCUUACGGCUCCGCGCUGGGUCGGCGCGCCGGGCCUGACGUGCGGGUGCUCGUGGUGGCAGCGAAGGCAGCCAACCUAAGGGCCCAGCUGCUGGCUACAGCUGCCGCUCCGCAUGUUCCCAGGCGCAACUUCGUGGCCCUGUCCACUCACCUGGAAAGGCGGGCCAAGGGCCUGCUGGCAGCGAAGCUCAAAGUUAACUCUGCAGGUGUGGAGGAUGUGGUGGUGUGGGGUGACGCUGGAGGGAGCACGUACACGCAGCUUUCUGCGGCUCGACUCCGGGGCUACGAUGGCGCUGCGUGGGGUCCUGGACUCACGUACCCACUCCUGGAGGUUCUGAACGACCGCGAAUGGCUGGAGAAUGAGUUCCCGGCCAUCCUGCAAGCACGCGGCUCCCUCCAGGCAAAGGCCCAGGGCUAUCCAGCUACCACAGCCCUGAACGCCGCCAUUGCCUCCACCCUGCGCCUUUGGUUCCAUGGCUCAGACGAUCAACAGAUUCACUCGCUCGCCGUCCCUUCCAAUGGAGAAUAUGGCUUGCUGCAAGGUCUGGUAUUCUCGCUUCCUGUGAGGUUCGAGGGGGGUGACUGGUCAGUGGUGAGUAACCUCUCCUUGACGGACGCGGAGCGGAGUCGGAUCCACACCAUUGCUGCUGAGCUGCAGGAGGAAAUUGAAGCUAUAUUUACAAAUACCAACCAAGCAUCUCUUCUAUCGCAGGAUCCGUCUAGGCUGCAAGUGUCAGAGAAGGCCGACUCCCAUGAAGGUCAAUUUGGGUUCCCAUCUGAGACAUGUGGACCCCUGUUAGAGGUCAUGACCCCAUAACCUUGUUCUGCAGCAUGCCAAAAUGUAAUCACUUUACACCGGAAUUCUGCAAGUGUUUAAAACCCGCAUUGAAUGUUCUGGCAGGUGAUGCAGCUGUGUGAAAUUUUUCGUUUUCUCGUGUGUUAAGGGACCGUACGUCUUCCUUAUGAUGCCAGCUACGCAUCUUGAAUUCGCCUGCUAAUUAUGUUUGUUGUCACUUUAUUACUGUUGCAUUGCUGCUGCUAUAAUUCUGUUGGAACACUUCAUUUUUGUUGAUUCUAACUUUUUAUGUGUGUGGUAAUAAAACUAUUGACUA